AGAAUGAAAAUGAGUAUUUUACACUGUUAAUUGUUCAAAAUAAUUAUUUUGUUCAUAAUGUUCAUCUAUCAAGUUCAACAGGUGUAUAUCUGGCAGGUCCCAUGGAUCCUAGUUCUCAGCCUUAUCUUUCCCAGAUUUGUCCUGUCCUACGUUCCUGAUGCAGGAAAUCCAGGCCCUCGCGAGGGAGUGGAAUCAGCUCAGGGAGUGAGAGGAGGGAGGGAGUGGGAAUGGGGAGGGAUAGAGCAGGGUUGGGAUCCAGCGAGGAGGGCAAAAUCCCUCGCUUUCCUCGGGAGGGACGAGGAGGGGGAGGAGGAGGAGAAGAAGAACGAAAAUGAUGAAAAUGAUAAAAAUGAGAACGAGGUUGAGAAUGAGACUGAGGAACCAGAGAAGAAACCUCCACAGCUGAACGUGAGUGAUAAGAAUAGUCCGUAUGCUCUGAUAGAUAAAUAUUUCCCGGAGAGAGAAAGCUAUUUUUACCAGAACAAGAACAGUUUUGUGCAACAAUAUGCGAGGGAACUAAAGCCAAGUAUAGGAAACCUGGAUCCUGAAGAGGUUUGGCUGGUAAAGGAUAAUCUGCUUGUUCUCCGAGGUGGUUCUACACCUGAUAGGAACGGAAUAGAUGAUGUUUGGGAACCAUUAGACGACUUUCAGGCUCCUUAUCGUGAACCUGUUCUUCCUCCUCCUGAUUUCGACCCGGAGACCCUAGACCUCGGUGUAGGUGUUCCUGUUCAUGAGAUAGAUUCACACCGGGAGAAUAUUCUCCGACAGAGGGAGGAGGACCAGCUCCGACAGAGGGAGGAGGAUCAGCUCCGACAGAGGGAGGAGGAUCAGCUCCGACGUGAGGAAGAGUUGAGGACCAGGAUUGAGAAUCUAGGUUCUGAAACUGAGACAGAGAACGAGAUUGAUGUAAUAUCUCCGGUGUCCUCCUCAACCCGUCCUAGUCCUGAGUCAGAGAACCAUCACAUUCAGCAGAUUCUUCAACCUUUCAAGGAAGAGGUUUCGGCUGGUAGCCCUGAUUAUAGAUCUUUUCUAGACGAGGUGACUCAGUUUAUUUCUCAAAUGGAAAACUUUCACGCUGAGAAAAAGAUAAAGCCCGACAGAGAGAGUUCUCAGGGUACACUCGAGAACAAGGAGCAAAUUCCCAGUUCUUUGAACAUCCCUGAUCCGGAACUGAAACCCAGUCAGGAAAAUAAAAUCAACGAGAUUUCGGAGAAGCAUGUUCAACCCAAACCUCACGAGAUCAGUACACUUCCUCCCUUCUUCACUCCGAGACCAGAUUCAGACGGGAUUUCGUUCCGACCCGACCCGGCUCAAAGAGCACUCUUUUCACAACCUGGAGACACUGAACCUUGGGAGAAGCAUCCAACGUUUUACUCCUCUCCAGUUUCAGAAGUUUAUGCUUCAACAGGAUCCUUUCCGUCCUCUACUCCUCCCACUUCUCCAGAUAGUUCAACACCUUCUCCUACAAGAUCUUCAACACUAGCCCCCUCUCCUAUUCCUUCCCCAUCUCCAUCUCCCUCUGCUUCUCCUUCUCCUAGUUCGAUUUCAACCCUUGGUCCAGUUUCUACAAUUGAGGAUUGGUUCAGCUUGUUUCCAAGAUUUAGCACGGAACCAACCUUUCUCCGGGAUAGAGAAUACCAGACUCCGAGACAACGAAGUACAACAACCCCUCGACCUGACGUUACACCUUCUCCUUACCCGUCCUUUAUCAGUUCUUCUCCACAUUCCUUUAUCAGUUCUCCAUAUCCUUCCUUCUCCUCCUUCCCAACCCAACCGUCAUCUUCUCUGCAGCAGCAGAAUUCUAAAUCCUUUAAAGAGGUACAAAGAGAAAGCAAACCCUUCCAACCUUCUCGGCAGGAAAAAUCAUUUAACUCCGGAGAUCUUAGAACCUCGUCCCGUUCAGAGGAAUCUUCUCAUAGUAUCAGACAAAAGGAUGAAAGAUUGUUUCAUCAGUGGAACUCUGGGGCCCGGAGAACAACUCCUAAACCCAACCCUGCUCCGGGUGGGAAGGAGAACUGGUGGGACGGUAUACCAGAGAUACCUGGAUCAGAUCUGCUCCGUCAUUACUCCAGAACCUUUGAAAAUGAAAUAUCUCCGGUUCUGGCCAGUUUAAACCCUGCGGCUAGAACAGAAGAGAUUUCGCAGCCUAGAUCUGAUAAUGUUAGACCUGAAACUAGGGUGCUUACUCCUAGGAUAGGUUCACAAUUACAUACAUCUCACGGUGCUAGUUCAGACCAGUACCCGGAGAGACAAACACGUCCUAGAGCUGAGAUUAGAUCAUUUCCUAAACCUAUGUACUCCGGGUUUGUUCCUGUAACCUCACCCCCAGUACUCUCCGGUUCUCCUGGUCCUACACCACUCAGUCUCUUCAGCUCUGUCCCGGAGAACAUUGACGAACACGCCGUCUUCGAUCUUUCCCGUCAUGUAGAGUUCGGUACAAGAAUCCCGAGCAGUAGAGAUCAUUACGAUCCCCCCAAUCCAACACCUUGGUCCAGAUCACCGCAGUAUCACCAGAACGAUGUUGACCCUGUCUCUCGUCGGCAGGGUCCUCCCAACAUUUCGCGCCAAAACCUUCCUCGUCUUCAAAAUCAGAGACAACGGCAAAAUGACCGGCCUGCACCACAGCCUAGACAAAGACGACCUGCGGAACCUACAGCAAUCGAUAGAGCUGGUUCUGGUGACGUAAGAUACGUGUCAUUCUACAGCGGGGGCCGGGGAGGUAAAGCCUGGGGGUAUAGUUACAAUCUAGGCUAACCGUACCGUACAUAACCAGUACAGUACACGCAGCGUAUUUAUGUGAAUUAUAGCUGUGUAUUUCUGUAACUUUACAAUGUACAUGGUUUCAGCUAUGCAACUUGAAAUACACUUGCGGAAGUGUACUGCAAAAACGUGAAGUAACAAAAUAUUUUGUAAGAAACAAUUGGUCAUUAUGGAGAUAUGCUUGAUAGCAGCACAUCGGCUUUGUUAAUUUAUUAAAACAAUGGGAUGAAAAUGUACUCAUCUGACAGCUUGACUUCGAAUAAUCUAGAAAUAGUUAUCAUUGAUAAAAACUAUCAAUAAUUAUCAUGCAAGUUUAUUUUCUUUGGUUUAUUUUCUUGUUUUAUUAUACCAGCUGUAAAUACUUAAAAGCUUGUUAAAGCUGAAAGUUUAAAAGAUUGUGAUCGUUAUUUAAAGCAAAUUAUACAGCUAAUUAUGCCAGCAUGCCCUUUAUACCCAUUGACAUUUCAAUUUAAGUAAUUACAACAGUAUGAAAAGUAUUUCUUUUACUACAACUAGUUGUAUAACCAAAUAGAUUCUAAUACAAUAGAUGGCAACGAAGAAUUUUUACACUCUUAGUACAGCUGUAUUCUGACGUCACAA